AUGGGGAAGGUAAGCUACAAGAAGCUAAGAGGUAGCCAAAACCUCCGCCAAAGACUGCUAUUGGCGACGCUGUCCGCCACACCUAUCCAAAUCGAAGACAUUCGAGCCAAUGACAUGUUGCCAGGCCUCCUCCCCCAUGAGGUCUCUCUCCUCCGCCUCCUCGAGAAGAUUUCUGAUGACUGUCUUGUCAAAAUCAAUGAAACUGGAACAAAGUUGAAAUACAAACCCGGGAUUUUGAUGGGUGGGAGACAUCUUGUGCAUGAUUGUGGUGUAAGUCGAGCAAUUGGGUAUUUCUUGGAGCCAUUGAUUGUUCUUGGGUUGUUUUCGAAGAAGCCCCUUUCGAUAAGGCUCAAAGGAAUUACAAGUGAUUCUAAGGACCCAUGUGUUGACACUUUCCGUUCUACUACCUUACCAUUGUUGAAGCAAUUUGGAGUUCCUUCAGAAGGAUUGGAACUGAAAAUUGAAAGUCGUGGUUCUCCACCUCACGGUGGCGGAGAAGUUCUUUUAUCAGUUCCAAUUAUUCAAAGUCUAAUGGCGGUUACCUGGAUUGAUGAGGGAAUGGUUAAGAGGAUCAGAGGAGUUACUUUCUCAACUAGAGUGUCUCAUCAGUUUGAGGAUACUAUGAUACAUGCUGCUCGAGGAAUCUUUAAUCGUUUGCUUCCUGAUGUCCGAAUAUUUACUGAUCAUAGAGCUGGUCCACAAGCUGGAAAUUCACCUGGUUAUGGAAUAUCCUUGGUUGCGGAAACUACUUCUGGUUGCUUCAUCUCUGCUGAUACUGCAGUUUCUUAUGCACGAGUGGAUGAUGGUGGAAUGGAAGAUGAGAGACAAGAGCUGAUGCCUCCAGAAGAUGUUGGUGAGCAAAUUGCUUCUGUUCUCCUUCAGGAGAUUGAACAAGGUGGAGUUGUAGAUACAACACACCAGGGUUUAUUGUUUCUUCUUUGCGCAUUAUGUCCACAAGAUGUUUCAAAGAUUCGUGUAGGAAAGCUUUUGCCCCAUGGAAUAGAAAUACUAAGACUCAUCAGAGACUUUUUGGGUGUUAAAUUUGUCAUUAAGCCAGAUCCAUCGACAGGGACAGUUAUACUCAAAUGUGUCGGAAGUGGACUGAAGAAUCUUUCUAGAAAGAGUUCAUGA